AUGCAGCGGUCGGUAUUUCUGUUGAACACGGUGAACCAAUCACCGUGUCUAGACACGAUUAUAUGGAGGUCUUAUGACGACGCAGUGUUAGAAACGCUCCCACCUUUUUGUCUAGCGGGGUCCCAGGUUUGGCAAUCGAGGACUAUCUUAGUCUGCUUCCACAUUAUUGAGCUCCGUCAUCCCGAUCCUGUGCUUCGCCAGUUUGGGCUACUACAGCAUAUACCUGAACCUGUGCUUGCCAUACCUCGCAUCAAUUCACGAGGCAGAGCAGAUGAGGAUUGGGCGGCAUACCACGCCUCAUACAUUGAGCGUUGGAAUGAUAGAUUAGUAGAUAUAGCAGAGGUGGCCCCUGAGACAGAUCCAGAUCCGAUACGAGCUACCACUGUUUACAUGCAGUGGUAUUGGACGAUCACCAGGAGGUGGAUAUCUAGACCUGUACAGCGGCCACCACUCGCCUAUCAGCCACGUGGACACGUCGAGAGAGUAUUGGUUGAUAUCGUGCAGAGAUCACAUUAUACGAUCAGACGUGUCCUACCCGAUAUUUCAGGAGGUGGAGUCUUAGCUACCCUAUCACAGGUCGCCGAUCAGAUGGAGGCAGUUCUGGAGACUUUACCUACGCUUCCACACUAUGUACCUCCAGGACCAGCAGACUAUGGUGGAGCAUCGACGUCCGGCCAUGCACCCGUAUAUAGUCCACCGAUGCCAUCAUCACCGAUAGGGGAGCCACCUUAUGCUGAUGUUACGGACCCGGCACCAGCACCAGUACCGCAGGAUCCAGCUCGAGCAGGUGAUAUUGUUUAUUUUAGGCGUCGACGGCGAUCGAGGUCUAUCCGUACAGAUCAGCCCUCCUCUUCAGCUCCUCCACGGCCAGAUCAGCCCUCCUCUUCAGCUCCUCCACGGCCAGACAUACUACCGGCACAUGCUACUGCUGUGAUUGAGCCGGUUAUUGAGGGUGCUGCUAUAGAGCAUCUAGACCAGUUGGAGAUCUUGGAGCCUUUUGAUGAGCAUGAUGUUGGUCGUGGUCGCGGACGUGGUAGGCGACGUGGUCGAGGAGGUCGAGGGAGGAGAACAUGAUAUUAUAUUUAUAUAUUAUUGUAUAACUUGCAUUUAUUUUGUAUAUUCUGUUUUGAUUAUUUGGUAUUGAUUAUAUUAUUGAGAUUCUAUUGGUUGUGAUGUUGUAAUGUGUAUUAAUUUUGUGAUGUUGUGAUGUGUAUUACUUUUGUGAUGU